AUGACGGAGAUAUACUCGGGGCUCCAUAUGGGCCAACAGUUCGCCUCGCUGGAAGAGUUCAAAGCAUCGGUACGAAGUAUAUCGGUCAGGCAGCAUUGGGAGCUUCGAGUGACAAGGAGCAACAAAAAGAGUGUGGUGAUAGGCUGUCGAUCGUCGAACAAUUGCUUUUUCCGCGUCGUCUGUCGCGCGAAUAAGAAUGCGACAUAUAUUAGCAGCCUUCAAGACCGCCAUAGCUGUCGAAGCAAUGCGACUUCCGCCAUCAAGACACCUGUUCGGUCAGAAGUGUCGCAUGUGCGGUUUCUCCUCAACGAAAUACCGAAACUCUUCGAUAUGAGGAACGACGUUAAAGCGCAAGAGGUUGUGGAUGCUGUUAAGCGUUACCAUGGAUAUGAGAUAUCGAUACGGCAAGCGCAGCGUGCCCUGAUUAGAUUGCAGCAACAGCAUACACAAAACCAGGAAGAACGAGCUGACACUCUCGACUCCAGCGGAGACGACCAACAAGGCAGUCAUCUACCCCCAUCUGAAGAGCCGGCAGAGGGUUCAACUUACAGCAGUCUUUCUGGACCGAGAUGGAUCCCAGAUAAUAUGCAACAUGGCCUCAUGGACGCCGAGGGAAUGCAGCACAGUGGCAUGCAGCGCAAUCAUCCUGCACUUCAAGCCCCACAAAUCCACGGCGAAGCUUUGCAGUCGCACGCUCAACUAGAAGCUUCGCAUCAAGUACAACCGACAGCUGCAGUGCAUCAUCCACCCAAUAUUCAGUCCCCAGAGCAAGCAACUUUAGGCAAUCCUCUUAAUCAGCCGAUCACACCUCACCAGCCUCGUUAUGCAGUGUCAGCCCCCAACCCUUCGUCAGCGUCGCAGACCGUGCAACCCAAGCUCCAAAGACGGCUUCAACCGGAGGGGCAUCCUGCUGCUGCGCAACUAGUUCUCACAAACUUCAAGAUCGAGUUCACAUGCACUACAUGUGGAGCCUUGAAUCAAAGCUUUUUUCCAAACCAAGGAAACGUUACUGGCGGAAAUUAUCUGCCUCAGCCUCCUAUACCUGGUCAGGGCUCUGCAGCAGAAGGCACAGGGCGCCCAACGCAGUCUAUUCAAGGUAGCAGUGGUGCUAGCCGCGUGGCCGAGGCCCAUGGGUAUGGGGGAGACACCGCGGCUGGUUCCCGCGGCGUACAUUCGCCCUGGACGCCAGGUACUCUAGAUGUUCCAAUUGCGCCUGCACACACCUAA